UACAGAAUGAUGAUAACGAUAUUUCAUAUAUAGAUAUCAAAGACACUUUCUUCUAGGAACCGGUGACGGACUGGAAUGUCUAACGCCGUCGUCAACGGUCUCGCCGGCGCUGGCGGAGGUAUCAUUGCUCAAAUCAUCACAUAUCCUCUCCAAUCGGUGAAUACACGCCAACAGACAGAGAGAAUCGCAAAGAAAUCUCGGUCUCAGGGAUCAUCUGGCGGUACACUUGUUCAAAUACUUCAGGUAAUUAAAAGUGAAGGGCUUGGAGGACUAUACAGCGGCCUUAAGCCUUCUCUGCUUGGAACUGCUACAUCACAGGGUAUUUAUUAUUAUUUUUACCAAGUUUUCAAAAAUAAAGCCGAAUCCAUUGCAGCGGCCAAUAAAAGAAAGGGUCAUGGGGAUGGCACGGUUGGCAUGUUCUCCUGGCUUGUUGUGGCAGCUUUAGCCGGGUCGUUGAAUGUACUGCUAACAAACCCCAUAUGGGUGCUUGUGACACGUAUGCAGACUCAUACUCAAGCAGAACAGAAGAUUAUGGAAGCAAAGAAAGAAGCUUUGUUAAAGGAAUCCUCUGAAAGCAGCUUGAUAGGUUCUUCUUUGCACGAUAAGUUGCGUGAACUUGAUUCAAUGAAGCCUAAUCCCUAUGGGACAUUGAAUGCGGCAUAUGAGGUUUAUAAUGAAGCUGGAAUACUAGGAUUUUGGAAAGGCAUUAUCCCUACAAUGAUCAUGGUGUGCAAUCCAUCAAUUCAGUUCAUGAUUUACGAAAGCUCUAUAAAGCACUUGAAAACGAAACGAGCUGAUAAGAAGCAGAAUUCAACAAAAGUUACUGCUCUGGAGGUGUUUUUAGUAGGUGCCAUUGCCAAACUUGGAGCAACUGUAACAACGUACCCCUUGUUAGUUGUCAAGUCAAGACUUCAAGCAAAGCAAGAAAUCAGCAGAAACAAUUCACUGAGAUAUUCAGGUACGAUGGAUGCAAUUGUAAAGAUGAUACAUUAUGAAGGAUUGUCAAGCUUCUACAAAGGAAUGAGCACCAAGAUAGUACAGAGUGUAUUUGCAGCCUCUGUACUUUUCAUGAUUAAGGAGGAGCUUGUUAACCUUUUUUCAGUAUUAUUAUUAACCAUGUCAAAGUCAAACCCACACCCCAUCAAGUAAUACAAUCUACUUUCCUUGUACAUACAUACAUACAUACAUGUUAUGAAUAAUCUAUCCAUCCUUAAUUAGUAUGAUAGAUGGUCAUUAGUUUCCUGU